GGCACAAAAGAUAGAGGUUCAGCACUUUCGCAGUACCGUGGCUUUUUUCACAAGGCUUGCUUAGAGUUAGUCCUCAUCCAAUCUAAAAGAUCGAUUGGAUCGAGCUUGUGCAAGAAAAGUCUACGCCAAUAUGGGGUUCAAGCAUUGGACGGCAAGCAAUUUCAUCCAUCAUAUGUUUGCAGUAAAGAGGCUUGCUGGUGGCCAAGUGGGCAUAUCCUGUUCAGCCGCAAAAAGUACCUUCAAAAGGAUAUAAUAGAACAAUAAACCACUUCUUCUCAGUCACGCCAAUUUCAAGCCCUAUCGAUUCUCAGAUAUUGGUGUAAAGCUGUUCAGUCGUUUCAAUACAUCCACAGGAGCCAUCCGUGUACCUUCCUUUCAAGCCUUCGGUGCCUUCUCUUUUCAUAUCAAUUCUUUCUUUCCCUUCGUUUGACGAUACUUUGAUAAAACGCUAGUUCUGUAUAUUCUUUCUCCACAUUAUUGUUUCACUGUUCCAAAUUUUCAACUUCAUAAGUUAGCUAUCUUUUUGGCACUCAAUAAAUUGCAGCCAUGCCAGGCAUUAUACCUUACCUCUGGGAGGUUAUUUCAAACGUCAAUUACAGUCGUCCAGAUUAUAUCACAAAACAUUCAGCUUCAACAGAAUCCUCGACGGAAUCGCCUACAGAAUCUCCAACAGAAUCCAGCGUAGAUCUCACUCAGACGCCGUCGAAAGGUUCUGGCAAAUAUUCUCAAGGCAUUCCGGAUGCUCUUUCAUUUGACAAUAUUAUCAACGGCGGAACUUGUCCUGUAAGAUUAAUCUCAUUUAUAUUUCCAUUAACAUUGCUGCCCUGGUCCUUUCUUAGGUCUAGCUGCAUACCUUAUGCAUACAAGUGAUCAGGAAGCUGUAUCACACCCGUAUCUCAUCAUGUUUCUAAUCAGUUCUCUUAGCCUAUGACUGUCAGAGAGUUUAUGAAUUUCCUCGAAUUCAUUGAACACGCCCCAGAAAACCUUCAGUUCUUCCUCUGGUUUCGAGACUAUAAACUUCGUUUCGAGAGACCGAAGCCGCCUAAUCCCUUUUUAACUCCUCCUGCAACGGCCACUUCAGAAAACCAGGCUUUCGCCUUGUCGGAAUACCAAAAUGAUUUGGCAGCUCGCUUUUAUAAUGGGGCUGAAGAUGAGCAGCCAAUAAAUCAAACCAAAUCUGUUAUGAGUCCUCAACCACAGUUUAUAGUCCCUUGGGAGGCAGGCAUUGAUAAAGAAGAGCCUUUCUCGAAGGAAGCUCCCUCAUCAGCCCAAGCUUCGUAUCGUGAGACUGCCGAGCAAGUAUUCGUUCGUGCUGGUGUUAAGGUCCCAGGUAAUUGCUCUAUCAUACUUUUUUCGUGACAUAAUCUGACUCUAUUCCCAGACUCUAAUCUCCCAUACCGUGACGAAAUCGAUCGAAUUAUUGCCAUAUAUAUUGCAGAUGAUGGUUCUCGUCAACUUAAUCUCGCCUCACGUCAAAGAAGAACUUUGAUCGAACGUCUUUCAACUACGACACACCCUAAUGCCUUCCUACCCAUCAUUAAAACUGUCGAAUAUAGCUUGAGACACCAAGCACACCCAAAUUUUAUCCGCUGGAGUAUUUGUAACGGUAAUAAGCCACGUCAGGUAUUUGCUAAGGGUCUUGGUGUGGCCCUUAUUAUAUUUGGUUUCUUAUACGCGACUCUUACAACCCUCAGUAAGAUGUCUCGAGGAUGGCGUGCAUUUUCAGCAAUGUUCUGGGUACUGGGUGCUUCCACAUUGUAUGCAGCAUUAAGGGGUAUGUGCGUUGUACUACAUGGACUUCAUCAUCGACAUCUUCGACCUUGGGAGUUAUGGGAGUCCGAGGGGUCUUCUAUGAACAUGGAAGACGCAUCUAGUGGUGAAAAGAAUGAAAAGAAUGAAGAGUAUCCAUGGAUCAAGAAAUACGAGAAGAGGUUCAUUAUCAGAAAGAUAUUUGAUCGAGAGGUCUGGGUGCAGGAACCAGCAUUGAGACAGAUACAGGACAUAAUCUUCCUGCAGUCUUUGCUUACUGGAUUUGGUGUGGCUUCCGUUUUCACCGUCAUCUUCUUGGCUGUUCCUGGAGGUCGCUUUUUCUGAGCAGUAAGGGGAAUAAAGUGAAAUGAGAGGUACGAAUUCAAGAAGGCGUGGUAUUUUCAAGCGGGCGUGGUAUUGGGAUGAACAUUUGAUAUAUGGAUGAUAAGAUGCCGGAUUCAUUGAACAAAAUUUGCUUGAGCUGCUGGUUUUGCUCCUUAAUAUUUGCCAUGAGAUAAGGAUGGAGUUGCUGAAUAACUGUACUUUAAUGAAC